AGUGCUGUGACUUAUGUCAUACAAUGAUGUAGAUCAGAAAUUAGAGAAGUCAGAAGCUUGGUUGUGAAAUGAGCAUUCUGUUAAAAUCUCCACUUGCAGUAGGAACAAGGCCACCCUCUGCUGCCAUCUCAGCCUAUACCAUGUUUCCCCUGGAACGAAUGCUGUUGGUGGUGUUUACAGUGUCUUCCCCUACAUGCUUGUUGGCAUCAGUUGCUGGGAUUACAAUACAGGGAAAAGUGGGCCAGAACAUCACUUUACCCUGUCAUUAUUCUACUGUGGAAAAUGGGAUCAGAACCAUAUGCUGGGGGCGAGGACGUUGCCCUCUAACUUGGUGUUCCAGUCAAAUUUUCAGGACCAAUGAACAGCAAUCAAUAUACAAGAAGGAUAGCAAGUAUUAUCUACUGGGAGAUGUUCAUCAAGGACAUGUGUCUCUGACAAUUGUGAACGUAAUAGAAGAAGAUUCGGGAACAUACUGUUGCCGUGUGGACAUAAGUGGUUUGUUCAAUGAUGUGAAACAUAACAUUGAAGUUGUGGUUGAGAAAGGGAAUGGGAGUCCAACUUCAGCUAGAGUACCAGCUACUAUACACUUCACUGAAACUUACUUUGCUUUGGGACCAAGAUGGAUGUCCAAUACACAAUCCCCACAGGAUAAUAUUUCUGUACCUUUUACCACACUAGUAAGAGAGCAAAGAAAAGAAGAACCUUCAAGGACAGUCCUAUAUGUUGGCACUGGAACAUGUGCAGUAUUAUUUCUCAUUGUGGCAAUGCUGGCACUUAAGUGGUAUUUACACAAGAAGCAGAAGAUGAGUAAUUCUAUAAGCGCAAACAUGCCACACAUACUACUUCAAUGGAUCGUGAUUCAUAUUUGUAUAGUGGAUACCAUAUCUCAAACAGUAGUAAAAGGGGUGGUGGGCCAAGCCAUCACAUUGCCAUGCACCUAUCAUGUCCGAAACAGCUACGACCUUACUGAUAUGUGCUGGGGCCGAGGCAGCUGCCCGAAUUCUAAAUGCAGCGACGAAAUUCUCCGCACGAAUGGAAGGCGGGUGAUAUCAAGAAAUUCACAUAGGUACCAGUUAAGGGGAUCUGUGACAUGGGGAGAUGUGUCCCUGACAAUUACAGGUCUAAAUGAAAGAGAUAAAGGAUUGUACUGCUGUCGUAUUGAAGUCCCAGGCUGGUUCAAUGACAUUAAAAAGACCUUGAAUCUAGAGGUUAAUAGAGCAACAACUACAGUCUCUACCACAACAACCACAGUCUCCACCACAACUAUUGCCACCACACCUCAAGUGAUUAUCACCACAAGUACUACUUCGCCCUUAAUAACCACAGUUACUUUCCCACAAGCUUCUCCUUUUAUUUCAAAUAGCCCUGCUUCCCCAGCAGCCCCUACUGAUGCUCAUAUUCCAACAAUGACCACAUCUUUUGUGACGACAGACAUAACUUUUCUUACAACUGUUUCUCCAUUGGUCAGCUUCAAACCAUCACCAACCAGUCGUCAGGAUGAGUUGACUGAAAAUGUCUGUUGUUUUUUUACCACAGUGACUGCCCCUCCAGCUACAGAAUCUCCUCAGAGAACUGUCCCCUUCUUCUCAGAAAACCAAACCCUUCAGUCCCCCCAAAGUGCUGUGGUUCACCCACAGAUGUCAGAGAAUUCCACCGGAGACAGGAAUGGAAGUGAAAAUCGCCAACAUUCAGAUGAUCAUCAGAAGUCAAGUACGGAAAUGACUCCAGCAAAUAACAGCCAAAACCAGUUUGGAAAUUCUGAUAUGCUAGUAACAUAUAAGGAAGUGCUGAUUCUUGGUGCUAUUCUGCUUUUGAUUCUCCUCUUGAUUCCAGUAGCAUUGCUAGUGAGAAGUAAAAAGAUUGGAAAAUACCACAUUGACGAAACCAAAAGCUUAAACACACAUGAAGAACCCGAACAAACACCUGCAGAAACGGGAGGAGAGAAUGGAAUGUUUCCUCUGUAGCAGUCGCAUUUUUUACAUUCAAAUCUAGCUACAAAUUCAAGAUCCAGGAAUUUGUAUUCCUGAAUGAACUUAUGCUGAUUGCCCUAUUGCAUCUAUUUACCAACUAACCACUUCAUCUCCCCCCCCCUCAUUUCUAUUCUUUUAUUGGGCUCUCUUCCCUGCUUCCACCUUUCAUGUGUAGUUUUUAAAUCCUGUACUAAGCAGAAAAUGAAUGGUAAAUAAUGGUAGUGGCUGUGGUAUUAGUUGCAGCUGUGGCAGCGGCAGCAACAGCAUAUUGGUCUAUUUUCCAUCUGGUAGUAAUCUGCUAUUUCAGCAGUUACUAAUAAUGUUAAACUCUAUUACUUAAACAUUUUCUUCCUCAAUUUUCUAGCUGUUUGGCUUACACCAUGCAAAUCCUUUUACAAGUAAGACAUUUUAAUCAUGCUAGUGAUGAAUAUGUAAAGCAGCAUUGCUGAAUUAUUGUUAUUGGUAGUGGUAGUAGCACCGUAUUUAGACAAUUUAUAUACAGCACUGCUUAAUCACAGCACUCUCUAAGUGGUAUACUGUACAAGGAAUGCAAUACAAUAAAAAUAAAAAUAGCUUAAAUCUAUUAAAAUGUUUAAAUC